AUGCAGUGGGAUGCGGAUGGGAUGCCCCAGUCACCGAUCAGGCUGGCAUGCCUGAUUUACAGCAUGAUGUAUAGCAUCGUCAUCUUCUUCCACUUCUCCCUGGUUCACAUCACAUCUGUGCUGGUCACCGACGUGGGUGCCGCGAACUUCCAACUGUUCCUGGACGCGUUCGGCACGGAUCUGAUGGCUGAGGUAGGGAUAUUCUUCCUGGUGAUCGUUUGGGGUUUCCUUCCUUGGGUUCUACUUGUGCUAGCUGCACAACUUGGGGGGUAUGCUGCUUGGAUGGUGUGGGCCAUUGCAUAUCCUUGCACCAUCGUCCCAGUCGUCUUGAUAUUGCUCUUUGCUCCCAAACUGGGCAAGGACGACUCAGGCCGUAGGCCACGGGUGAUGAACGGAUCCAUGCUUUCUUUGCGGCCUCUGCUACGGCUCACCAUGCAUUCUGGACUCCUUUGCGCGGCUCCAGUUUGCACUGAUGGAGUGCCUCGCGAUCGGGCUUCCCUUCUUGAAGCUCUGUCACAGAGGGCCUUGGAGAAAAGAGCCGAGGCGCCAGAAGCGGAAGCCUGUGAUGCGGUGGAGUAUGAGCAGCUAGAUAAAGCUUCUUUGUAA